AUGGUAAUACAGAGCAGAAAUAAUAUAAUCGAGCAGGUAAACGUAGAGCAAAAGAAUACAGAUUCUGCAAUAUUGAAACUAAAAACUGAAAAUGCCAUAGAUGUUGCCAAAACCAGAGAAAUCGAAAGCAUUGGAAAACAAUCAAAUAUAGUCGAAAUAAAAUUGCCUGGAUCGAGUCCUUUCAACGUUUCAUGUGAUUCAACUCUUGUUGAUUCCGGCUGGACAGUUAUUCAGCGUCGCCAAGAUGGCUCUGAAAAGUUCGACAGAACUAUGAAGGAUUAUCAAUCUGGCUUUGGUAAACCAACCGGAGAGUUUUUCAUGGGUCUUAAUAAGAUUCACUUAUUGACACAGUACAAACAACACGAACUGUAUAUUUAUCUAAAGAAUUUUAAUAAUGAAGUUCGAUAUGCACGAUACAGUGACUUCUUGAUCGGCGGUGAAGAGGAGAACUUUAAGCUGAAAUCAUUGGGAGAGUAUUCUGGAGACGCAGGCGACGCAAUGGUCCAUCAUCUAAAUAUGCAAUUCUCAACACUAGAUGCGGAUCACGAUAAUUGGGGAACUGGAAACUGUGCAGAAUGGUUGCACUCUGGAUGGUGGUUCGACAAAUGCGGCAAAUGUAAUUUAAAUGGACUUUACAGAGCAGAAAAUCACAUGUACGAAAAGUGGGGCGUAAAUUGGUUUAGCUGGACAAACACUUCACUUAAAUUCGUCCAAAUGAUGAUAAGACCAAAAGUAAAGCUAUGAUAAGACGUAUAUAAUAUUAUUGAAAUUUCGAAAACUAAGCUUACAU